GAAUAAAUAUAAUGUUUCCGUUAUAUAAAGACUAUCAUCAGUUUCUUCAUUAAUCCCACUUUAUUUUCUUUAAAUCCCAUCUCUCUACAAUCCUAAUUGCCAAACCCUCUCUCUCCCUCACACACGCACAUAUGCAAAUACACGACGACAUGGAGGUUUGCUCAACAGUCACAACGAAGAAGCUCUCAAGCCUGGCCAAGCUAAUUCUCUUCACCAUACAGAAGGUUUCAGACGCCUCACGUCACAAACUCCUCACAACCCUCGAUCCACAUCUACUCGCGAAACGUGGCAAGAUCCUACGCAAAUCCUUAAACGAAGCCGUUUCAACCUCCCACUCACGCAUCACGUGCCGUCCUUCCGACCACCAAGAUGUGCGAUCAUCCUUCAUCUCCCCUGUCCCGCUCCAGCUAGAGUACGAGUUCAGCUGCAGCAGCACCCCACCGAGACGUUCCUACGCCACCACCGUAAGCAAAGGACGACGUAGUAACGGAUCUCAUAACAGACCGCUCAUCAACAAGCGCCAACGCCAAGCGUAUAUCCGUUACAACACACUUCCCAAGGUUCGUGACUCCAUCUGGGACCGACACGUAGCGGCGGCAGUAUUUCCCGACGUAGCUAGCAGCACCGGUACGAUGGAAAGCUGCCACGUGGACAGAGCUGCGGAGGAGUUUAUACAGAGUUUCUAUAGACAGCUGAGGUUGCAGAAGUGGAUGAUGGCUCAGGAGGUUUAAAACAGUAACUUACUUUACGAAAAAUCUUAUCGAAAAAUAAAAUAUUAAGUAUUCUAGGUAACUUUGGUAGUCUUGUUUUGACUUUCUAAUUUCUCCUUUGUAGUAGUAUAUAUCUCCUUAGUUUUCUGUUUCCCUUUUCUCUUUUUUUUUUUUUUUUUUUUUUUGUGCAAUCCAUGAUCGUGUUUGGGAUCUGCUUGGAUGAAAUUGUAGGAAAUUCGAUCUUCGAAAUAGUUUUU